UAUAAUCUAGUGGACGGGACGCUUCUUCAACAACACAGCUAGUCAAACCUCUUCGGUAGCUUGCAAGCCAACAUAGCCGAAACUUUACAGUUCUUUAUAAACUUUCUGUGUAUAUUAGCCUCUGUGUUUUAAGCAAACUUAUGUUGUAUAGCUAGUUGCCGCAUUUAAUUUCAUUUUACGUUGUUAGUAGUCAGCUAGCUGGCUUGCUAAAUUAGCGCAGCACUAUUGCUAACUAGCUAGCUAACAUCCCCGACCAUGAGCUCCCUAAACUACUCCUCCCCUGCUAAAGAAGAGGGGGUCAGAUGGACGGAGAAAGAAACUCUCGUGAAAGAGGAGAAGGAAGAGGAGGCUGUUACAGUGAAACAAGUAGAGGGUGAGGCUGUUACAGUGAAACAAGUAGAGGGUGAGGCUGUUACAGUGAAACAAGUAGAGGGUGAGGCUGUUACAGUGAAACAAGUAGAGGAUGAGGCUGUUACAGUGAAAAAAGAGGAAGAAGCUUUCAGAGUGAAAGAAGAGGAUGUUACUGCGGAAGAAGAAAAGGAAGAGGACAUGUUUGGAGUGAAGGAGGAGGGGGAGAUUACUGUCACAUUGGAGGAGGAGACAGGAGAUCUGAAUAACACCAAAGACCGACCAGACUCAGAGGAACCAGAGACGUCUGAUCCAGCGAGACGACACCACUGUUCACAGUGUGGAAAGAGUUUUACCCGUUUAGGGAGCCUUAAAAACCACAAGAGAACACAUGCAGAGAAGAAGUCUUACAACUGCUCUCAGUGUGGAAAGAGUUUUAGCUGGUCUGGGCAACUGAAAGAACAUGAGAGAAUACACACAGGAGUGAAGCCUCACCAGUGCUCCCAAUGUGGAAGGAGAUUUUUCAAGUCAUCACAUCUGAACGAGCAUAAGAAAAUACACACAGGAGAAAAAACGUUCCAAUGCUCUCAGUGUGGAAGGACAUUUUCCCGAUCAGGGGACCUGAAAUCUCAUGAGAGAACACACACAGGGGAGAAGCCUUAUCACUGCUCUCAAUGUGGAAAGAGUUUUUCCCGUUUAGGGAACCAAAAAAUGCAUGAGCGAAUACACACAGGAGUGAAGCCUUACCACUGCUCACAGUGUGAAAAGAGUUUUGCGAAGUUAGGGAACCUUAAAAUACAUAACCGAAUACACACAGGAGAAAAACCAUUCCAAUGCUCUCAGUGUGGAAAGACAUUUUCACGAUCAGGGGACUUGAAAUCACACGAAAAAAUACACACAGGGGAAAAGCCUUAUCACUGUUCCCAUUGUAAAAGUAGUUUUAGCUGGUCAGGGCAACUGAAAGAGCAUGAGAGAACACACACAGGAGUGAAGCCUUACCACUGUUCCCAGUGUGGAAAGAGUUUUAGGAGGUUGGGGUCCCUUAAAUCACAUAAGAUGUAUACACACACAGGAGAAAAGCCAUGCAACUUCUCCCAGUGUGAAAACAAUAAGUAUUUGUCAUUAGGGGACAUGAAAAAGCAUGAGGGAACACACUCUGUAGAGAAGCCUUUCCAGUGCUCUCAGUGUGGAAAGGGAUUUAUCCAGUCAUCCCAUCUGAAAGUGCAUAAGAGAAUACACACAAGAGAGAAGCCAUUCCAAUGCUUGCAGUGUGGAAAGAGUUAUACCCGGUUAGGGAAUUUGAAAACGCAUGAGAUGACACACACAGGAGAGAAGCCUUUCCAAUGUCGUCAGUGUGGAAAGCGUUUUACCUGGUUAGGGAACCUGAAAAUGCAUAAGGUGACACAUAAAGUAGGAUAGCCUCACCUCUUUUCCCAGUGUGAAAAGGGUUUUGUUCAUUUAAAGGGCUUGGAAAGAGCAUGAGAAAGUACAUACACAGGAGGAGAAGACAUACCACUGCUCUCAUUGCCCAAAUACAUUUUCAGAGGACCUGAAAUCACAUGAGAGAAAAAAGAGAGGCUGUGUUCUGACUUAUUUUUUUGAUUAAGAAUUUUCGUUUUUGGGGUUUGUGACAUGAAAUCUAAUUGUAUAUAUUAAAUCAUACUCACAAUUAGGCCUACAUUUGUUUUUAGUUUUUAAAUCUCCAGACAUGGUCAUAUCUCAAAUCUGAUUCAAUCAAAUGAAAUGUGUAUUAGGUUUUCAUUAUAUACAUUGAUUGAAUGGAUGCAAAUGUGGAUGUUAAUUUGAUGAUUUGGAUAUUUAAAAAUGUAAAUGAACAAGUAUAUUAAUAUUAUUCAGAUUUCUUUAUUCUAACCUUGAAAACCUCUUGAAUUAGUUGUUGUGUGUCAUUGACUUAAUUUGUGUUCUAGUCAUCAAGGAAUAUGAAAAUGUGAUAGUGUUGUUCUGAUGAUGACAUUGGACAUUAAAAACACUCACUACCUCA